AUGACCCCAUUUUCUCCGUCCCUUGCCAAUAGCUUUCAAGUCCCGCCACAAAUAGCGGAAAGUCAACCCCUCCAUCGCUCGGACUCGGGCUCUGAACUAUCUCCACAUCGUCUUUUCGAUGUACAAGGUCUGGUUGCAGUGAUAACGGGUGGCGGGAGUGGCAUCGGGAGAAUGAUGGCCGCCGCACUUGAAAACAAUGGUGCAACGGUUUACAUUAUUGGGAGGAGACUUGAUGUCCUUCAAAGCACUGUUGAAGAAAUAAGUAAACAUGGUAAUAUCAUUGCCGUAGAGGGAGAUGUCACCGACCGCGAGUCACUGCUCGCGAUCGCGGAGACCGUGAAAGAGAGACACGGUUAUAUAGACCUGUUGGUGAACAACGCUGGUAUAGCGCGAGAUCUCUAUAGCCACCCCUUGCCCAGGCCAGAGAGCUCUUUGUCCGGAUCGGAACCUCUAAUUCCGUCGAUAAAGGCAUUCCAAGCCUCGCUAUGGGAAAGCAGCUCCCCAGAGGGGUUUACGGAAACAUUUCUGACGAAUGUUACUUCCGUGUAUUACACCACCAUCGCAUUCUUGGACCUCCUUCACCAGGGAAAUCUGCGGAAGCGACGGCCAGAUGACGGCCACUCGCACCAGCCGCCUUUAUUUUCGUCGCAGGUCCUGUCCAUAUCGUCUUCAGGCGGUUUUCGUCUUGACGCGAACAUCCUUUCGCUUUCGUAUACCCUGUCCAAAGCGGCCUGCACGCACCUUGGCAAGCUGCUAGCUAAUCUUCUAGCUCCCUGGGGCAUUCGCAGUAACGUGCUUGCCCCGGGGGUCUUCCCCAGUGAGAUGACAGCGGGCGUCAUUCCUGGGGUCUCCAUCAAUGGACACGGCCCUCUCCCGAUAGUCGAGAGCGUACCGCUCAAGCGGGCGGGCACGGAAGAGGAAAUCGCCGGCGUCAUUCUGUUCCUCGCCAGCCCCGCUGGGGCAUACGUCAAUGGUGCUGUUUGGCUUGUGGAUGGUGGACGGAUUGGAAGUGUUCCAAGCAGUCACUAA